AUGGAAGCAACACGUCUUUCGCAAACCAAGAGCCUUUGCUCAACAUCCCUACCUCACCGCAGGCUUAUUGUGCCUCGGCCUAAACGACCCUCAUUUGUCGCGGUGCUUACGCAGCCGGCAGAUAGCAUCGGCAUAAGGCCCUUGGCAAUACCAACCGUAGUGACCGAAAAGGCCGGUCCUUACAAUGAUAGCUGGUUUGAUCGGAUUGCCACUCACCAUCUCUCGCAGAGUGUCCAGGCUGCAACAGGGUUGAGAAAUAGUAAGAGUGGAUAUGAAAGCUUAGUGGAGGCAGCUACGGCUGUAUCCAGGAACUUUGAUGCAACAAAACAGCGAGAACUUGUUAUACAAGCUCUUGAGAAAGCUUUUCCGAGGCCAAUUCUUUCUCUGAUAAGAACAUUGCUGCCGCAAUCGAAAUUUGCAAGAGAGUACUUUGCUGUCUUCACCACCUUGUUUUUUGCGUGGCUGGUUGGACCUUGUGAGGUCCGGGAAUCAGAGCUCAAUGGAAGAAGAGAAAAAAAUGUAGUCCACAUAAAGAAAUGCAGGUUUUUAGAGCAGACAAACUGUGUGGGGAUGUGCAGUAAUCUCUGUAAGAUACCAUCUCAGACCUUCAUAAAGGACUCCCUGGGAGUGCCAGUCAAUAUGGUCCCAAACUUCGAAGAUAUGAGCUGUGAGAUGAUAUUUGGUCAGCAUCCUCCAGCAUUGUUAGAUGAUCCUGUGUUUAAGCAACCAUGCUACAAAUUAUGCAAAGCAAGCCGAAGGCACCAUACAAAAUGCUCGAGCUAA